UUAAAAUGACAUCCUCACCUGAGCUGGUUACAGGCACAGCCGAGCCAAAACAGAAUGAAAAGUUUACGCUGGAGAUCCCUGAUAUUGUGGUUGUGGUGAUCUACUUUACAUUUGUGCUAGCAGUGGGAAUAUGGUCGUCUGUCAGAGCCAACAGGGGAACCGUUGGAGGAUACUUCCUAGCAGGCAGAUCCAUGACAUGGUGGCCAAUUGGAGCUUCUUUGAUGUCCAGUAAUGUUGGCAGUGGCUUGUUCAUUGGAUUAGCAGGCACUGGGGCAGCAGGGGGACUCGCUGUUGGGGGAUUUGAGUGGAAUGCAGCAUGGGUCCUCGUCGCUUUGGGCUGGAUCUUUGUGCCUGUGUACAUUUCUUCUGGAGUCGUCACCAUGCCCGAAUAUCUCAGGAAGAGGUUUGGAGGCCAGCGGAUUCGGAUCUACAUGAGUGUCCUGUCUCUCAUUCUCUACAUCUUCACCAAGAUAUCAACAGACAUUUUCUCUGGAGCUCUGUUCAUUCAGGUGUCACUGGGAUGGGACCUGUACCUCUCCACUGUAGUGCUGCUUGCAGUCACAGCACUUUAUACUAUUGCUGGUGGAUUGACGGCAGUGAUUUACACUGACGCACUGCAGACUGUCAUCAUGGUUGUUGGAGCAUUUGUUCUCAUGUUCAUAGCGUUUAAUAAAGUGGGAUGGUACGAGGGCUUGGUAGAGCUGUACGGGAAAGCUGUACCUGCUCUCACUGUUCCAAACACCACAUGUCACCUUCCUCGCCCUGAUGCUUUCCACAUCUUCCGGGACCCGGUCAGUGGUGAUCUGCCAUGGCCUGGCCUGCUCUUCGGGCUCACUGUGCUGGCUACAUGGGUGUGGUGCACUGACCAGGUAAUAGUGCAGAGGUCCCUCUCUGCUAAAAACCUGUCGCAUGCUAAAGGAGGCUCGGUGCUGGGUGGCUAUCUAAAGAUCCUCCCUAUGUUCUUCAUCGUCAUGCCAGGGAUGAUCAGCAGAGCACUCUACCCAGAUGAAGUGGGAUGUGUGGAUCCUGAUGAGUGCCUUAAGAUAUGUGGAGCUGCUGUGGGCUGUUCUAACAUAGCCUAUCCUAAACUAGUGAUGGAGUUAAUGCCAGUAGGUAUGCGAGGCCUGAUGAUUGCAGUGAUGAUGGCUGCUCUCAUGUCCUCCCUUACCUCUAUAUUUAACAGCAGUAGCACUCUCUUCACUAUGGACAUCUGGCUGCGCAUGAGACGGCAGGCAUCUGAGAGGGAGCUCAUGGUCGUGGGCAGGGUAUUUAUUUUAUUCUUGGUGGUCCUGAGCAUCUUAUGGAUUCCAAUUAUUCAGUCAGCCAACAGUGGGCAGCUAUUCAACUACAUUCAGUCCAUAACCAGUUACUUGGCCCCUCCGAUCACUGCCGUUUUCCUGAUGGCCAUCUUCUGGAGUCGUGUUAAUGAGCAAGGAGCGUUCUGGGGGCUGAUGGUGGGUUUGGUGGUCGGUCUUUUACGCAUGGUGAUGGAGUUUGUCUAUGGUACUCCUUCCUGUGGCAUUGAGGACAUGAGACCCACCAUACUAAAAGAUGUGCACUACCUCUACUUUGCUCUUAUACUGCUCGCACUGACAGUGCUGGUCAUUACUGCAGUCAGCCUCUGCACUUCUCCUAUUCCAGAGCAACAUCUUAUCCGUCUAACCUGGUGGACAAGAAACAGCAAGAAGGAGCGUGUAGAUCUGGAGGAUCUGUGGGCAACCUCACCCACAUCAGCACCUUCGCACCCUGCUUCUAACCUCGAGCUGAACAUGGCAAAGCCUACGUGGUGGAGACGAGUGGGAAUGUGGCUGUGUGGACUUUCUGAAGCUCCCAAACCAGAUCUAAGCAGAGAGGAACAGCUGGCAAUGGAGAAAAAGCUGACUAGCAUUGAAGAGGAACCUCUCUGGAGAAAUGUUUGCAAUAUCAAUGCCAUUAUUCUACUCACUGCCAAUGUAUUUCUUUGGGGCUACUUUGCUUAAGAAGAGCACACUUUGUCAUAUUUCUUCAGGCAUGACAUUUAUCUGAAAUGGGUAAAACAGAGUACCAAGUAACUUGAAUUUGACAAAACAGUACUGUACAUAUGAAUAUAAGCAUCCAGUACUUACGAGGACCUUUACAAGUCUAUCCAUUCAUUAAUAAAUACAUUUUAAAAAUGCAGACUACACAAUUAACAAACAAACAAUCAGGUGUUCAAAUGUGGAUUUAUUUCACUUCAAUUGUAUUUAUAUAGUAGUUUUUUUGUUUUGUAUUCUUAAACAAUGGACAAUAUCCAAAAGCAGUGGUAUAGGUUGAUUGUUUAGAUUGAUCCAGAUGAAAAUGAUUGUUUAAUGCUCAAUACAUUAUAAUGGCCAAAUAUGAUUAGUGGUAAAAUUAAUGUGUUAAAAAAUGUGCCAAAAUCCUUGGCUAAAGUCACUUAAACUUUAAACCCACUUUUAUUUUCAUUUAAAGAUUUUCUGUUAUAAAACUGCAAACACAGUAAUAUUUUCUCUAUAUAAAAAUUCAUAAUUUUUUACAUGUUUAUUGUCCGGUAAAUGUCUAAAAAAAUAAAUAAAUAAAUAGUGUUAUUUGAUUAUAUAAACUGGUUUAACAUACAAUGUACAAUGUUUAUGGCUUAAUACAUUAUGGAGGUGUUUACUAAAGUUGAUAUGAGUUU